AUGUGUAUUUUUACACAAAAGCCUGAGUUUUGCGAACACCCUGAGUGUAAGCAAUUUUACGCUGUUUUUGCUGCAAGUCGCUUCCAUUUCCCAACUGGUGAGGUGGUGCCUGGGAUUUCAGAAAUACUGGAAUAUCAAAACACUGUCCUCAGUUCGUUAUAUAGCAAUAACCUCCAGCUGGAACUGCUAUUCGAUAAGGUACUGAACGAGGCCAAAAUUUUAAACUCCUAUCUCUCGAAUCCCCGGCAUUCAGACUUGAUCAUCCCUGAAUCGUGCAACCCAAGCCAAGCUUUUUCAAUGCUGAGUUGAGAUCUGGACUACCACUUGGCGCUUGAGUCUCAGUUGCCAGAAAAUAUUUAUAAAGAGAGAGGAUUCGCUAUUUCAGUUUCCCUUCGAAAUAGAAAGGACGAAAUCUGUUUUUUGCCCACCCAUUCAAGGUAUAAGGUUUUUCUGUUCACAAUGGACCAGCAGCCUCGGCAAUUGACACUCAAUAUCUCUGGUAAACGAAUUAUCAGAGGAACAGUAGAAGCAGAAAUGCAGGACACUGGCAUCGUAAAUAUGACGAAUAUUGUGAUAAACGAGGUCAGUUCACACUACGCGAAAGAAUCAUUUUGUUUGGUUAUAAUGAGCACCAGCAGUUCUCAGGUCAAGCCGCUGCUAAUUAAGGACCUCGCUGUGAAGGCUCGUAAAAUGCUAAAAGAAUAA